AUGGGAUUAGCGAGUAUCGCCUCCUCGGCUUACCCACGGUGGAAUGACGGACCAGCCGUACAGUCGGUUGCCCGAGGCCGGUUAUGGUUUCUGGAUCGAUUAUAUCCUGCUUCGACUUCCUACCUCAUGCCGUUUUCAGUGCGACUGCGAGGUCCACUCCGGCAUGAGGCGUUGCAGGCGGCGCUGCACACGGUCGAACAAUGCCACGAAACCCUGCGCACCACGUUUUACCAGCACGGUGGUACUGGCAUGCAAGUCGUCCAUCCCUUUGAGCCAAGAGGGCUAAAGGUAGUCCAUAUGCCGCCCAAUGACCAAGAAACCCUGUGUGAGGCGUUACGGCAUGAACAGACACGCCCAUUUGACCUGGAGGCUGAGCCCGGAUGGAGGGUGUAG